AUGGACCUCGACAAUCUUCCACGGAUUUUCCUCCUGUCAGCCCAUCUGAAGCCUGAUGAGUUGCAUCGCCUGGAAGAACGGAUCCCGACAUUGACGUAUGACAUCAAUGAGGCCGAGCUCGUGGUUGGCAAGAUUUCGCAGCCAAGGCGCGCCGAAUUUGAGCUGAGGAGAGCAAAACUCGAGUUUGUGCCUUUGGAGCAGUCGCAGACAGGGAGUGAUUAUUCUUCACCAACAUCUCUAGCAAGAGAUUCAGACAAUGGCCCAACCACCAAACGGAGAAGAGUUGUGGAACAAUCGACAGGAGAGACCGCUAUAGUCAAAGUUGUCAAGCUGGCAUGGCUUCUUGACUCGUGGGAGAAGAAGAGACUGCUGUCUGUAGAUCCAUACACGAUCUAUCGAGGUAAUAAAAUUGUGCCAAGCGAGACGAUACCUACGACUGCAUCUAUAUCGCCAAAGGGUUCAACGUCACCAGCGAAUAGCAUUCUAGGACGUGCCUUACUCGAGCAUGAAACGCAGCCAACGAGCAGCUCACCACAUGGCCGCAAUAAAAGACGGCACGAUGCUUCGACGACGUUAUCACAACAUGCACCCAAUCUACUCAACCAAACUACGUCGGAACACGAUAUUGCCCUGCCCUUGAUACCCAAUUUCCUGAAAACAGUGUAUUCGUGCCAGCGGCCUACGUACAUAAAUUCGCCGAAUAACGAAUUCGUAAAGGUUUUGGCAGAAAUAAGAACGAUUCGCCAACUUCGAGAGGAUGAAGUUGGCGAAAGAGCUUACUCUUCAUCGAUUGCUUCGAUCGCUGCAUAUCCGUAUCCACUCAAGAACCCCCAGGAAGUUGCACGAUUACCAGGCUGCGGCGAUAGAAUCGCCGAACUCUGGCAUCACUGGAAGAAGACAGGAGAGUCGGUAGAAGUACGUGAAGCUAACGCUGACCCCAAGAUAUCCACUCUCCAAAUCUUCUACAAUAUCUGGGGGGUUGGAGCCAUUUCAGCCCGCGACUUCUAUCAGAAAGGAUGGAGGGACCUGGAUGAUCUGGUCGAGUAUGGAUGGAACAUGCUCAAUCGCUCACAACAAAUCGGCAUCAAAUACUAUAGCGAGUUCCUACUGGGAAUCCCUCGGGAAGAAGUCGCGUCUAUCGGCGCCACCAUCUUAGAACACACCCGUAGGAUCGACCCAGGGUUCGAGAUGGUCAUUGUGGGAGGUUACCGGCGAGGCAAGCAAGAAUCUGGCGAUGUUGACGUUGUCUUGAGCCACCGAGACGAAAGCAAGACGCUGAAUGUGGUAUCUAAGAUUGUCGUGGCCCUCGAGAAAGCCUGCCUCAUCACACAUACACUCACCCUCUCUACCCAUAAUAGUGAACGAGGACAACGCCCAGUAUCCUGGAAGGGAGAAAAGCACAACAGUUCAGGCUUCGACACACUGGACAAAGCUUUGGUAGUUUGGCAAGACUCCAGCAAGGAAAACCCACCGCACCGAAGGGUCGACAUCAUCAUCAGUCCAUGGAAGACAGCGGGAUGUGCGGUGCUGGGCUGGAGUGGUGGAACAACAUUCCAAAGAGAUAUACGACGAUACUGCAAGAACGUCAAAGGAUACAAAUUCGACAGCAGCGGGAUACGGAAUAGGGCUGAUGGUAGAUGGGUGGACCUUGAAGGAACCUUAGCCGGCGACAAGGCUCCUGAUAUGGAGACAGCGGAGCGGAGGGUUUUCGAAGGGCUUGGUUUGGCAUGGCGGUCACCCGAAGAGAGAUGCACUGGUUGA